GGCAUUAUUCAGAAAUUAUUCGAGAAUUACUAUUCAGACAAUACAAAGGUCACCGAGACCCACAAUCAUUUCAAUGCUGAAAUAGAAGAAGAGAAGGAAAAAAUCUGUAUGAUGAAACAGGGAAAGAACUCGAAAAUUCGCAUAUAAUCAGCGUGAAACCUUCAUCGUUUUCCGAACGAAUAUUAACAGACAUUCGAAGUGACAGUAUCAGAUGCAUGAUCACGGAAACGCACAAAAGAUUCCAUCCAAAAACAAUGCCCGACAGGAUCAAGUAACAAAGAUAAACAGCAACACCAGCGAUGUCAAGCCUUUCAGUGAUGCAGAACGAUCCGUCGAUUAAAACAAAGCGCGACACUUCCACGAAAAGAUUUUUUAAAACAAUACAUUAAUUCUCACCCCAUAUCGCUACGAAACGCGAGGAAGGCAACACAGGCCUUUUCAUCUUCUCCUUCAGUGAUUUUUCAUCGGUUUUCACGGAAUGAUUUUGGAAGUGGUUAAAGGCAAGUUAAUCAAUUUUUAUUUCAGCGGGAGAGAACGAAAUCUGGCGGCAUGCAAUCUUGGCUAAAAAUGUUGCGCUUGAAUAUUUUGGCGGGCAUUCUCUUCUUGAACAGUAGCUCUGCUCACAAGAUCGAAAGUACCACAACGGAGACAACGUCUAAAAAUGACUGGCAACAAAGACUGGAUGCUUUGACAAAUGAUUUCGAGGAGCAAAACCUAAUUGUCAAACAGCUCAACAACAUAGUUCAAAAUCAAGAAACGAUGGCAUUCGAGAUGAAAGAAGACCUUCGCGUUUUGAAAAUAAGCAUGAGAAAUUUCGAAACGAUCGCUCGUCGGUUCACGAACAACGACGAUACGAACCGGGUACUGGAGUACGGCGAGUUCCAACAGAAACUCGGUUCAAUUACCUCGGACAACGAAAAACGGUUCCACUUGAACUCGUUGAGAGUUCAAAAGCUGGAAAACGAACUCAAAGAAGCGUUGGAAUCUAUGAAACCUGCGGGCGAUCAGGAGAACGCCGUUACGGUUGACGCUGAAGUACUGAGAACAUGCGCAGACCUUAAGCGUCAAAAGGCGGCAAAAAGUGGCUUGUACAACAUAGACCCGGACGAUAACGAUCAAGGACAACCGAGCUUCGAAGUAUUCUGCAACGCAACUUCAGGAGAAACUGUGAUCCAUCACGAUCUCGUCGGCGAAUUUACUGCGAAAAACUGCCGCCGAGGACGCUGCCAAGAAGCGAAAAAUAUCACUUAUGGGAAUUUGUCAAUGUUACAAAUGGAAGCACUCAUUAACCAUUCGGAAAAAUGCUACCAAGAAAUAGUCUAUCACUGCUUCGGAGCACCUCUGCACAAUAAAGAUAUGUCCACGACUGCGUGGUGGAUUGAUAGGUUUGGACAAAAGCAAAUGUACUUUCAUGGAACGGGGACCGAUGCCGAAAAACCUUGCACGUGCUCGCAACAGGGAGACUGUAUUGACAUCGAAAAGAAGUGUAACUGCGAUUCUCGAGCGCCGGAAUGGCAAAAAGAUCACGGCACAAUUAGCAACAAAUCAUCACUUCCCGUUACCCAGCUCGUGUUCAAGGGGCUCAAAUUCUCAUCGCAGAAGGCACACUUCACGCUCGGACCACUGCGUUGCUCCGGGUAUCAGAAAAGCGUUCCAGCCAAAAAUUCCGUCACAUCUUGCACGGAUGUA